AUGGCUGUCCAUACUUCUUCAUUAAAUCAUGGUGUGGUUCGGUUGCUUGAUGUUAAAUUUUGUACAAACACGCUAGUAUGGGAGCUAUUUAUGCGAAGAACAGCCAGCCCUAUUCUAAGGCCUACAUCAGCAUCGAGCAGUAUCAGUCUGAUAGAUCACAACGAGCGCAUUCACAAAGCGAAUAUCACUGGAGUGCUGCAGAACAAAAUAUUCGAAACUAUCAUUGACACAGUUAGUUAUUUUGUGCGACAUCAACGAGUUUACCUCAAUUCCCAUUCAGCUUUACAGGGACGCAAAAAGACAGAAGUGCUUUCUUGUGUUCAGUGA